UUUUUAUAAAAUCUUUAGAAAACCCUUUUCCACUUGUUGUAUUUGUUUAAGGUCUUAUAAAGUAAAAUAACAAUUUACCAACCCGAUGUUAUCUCUUGGUAAACCUUCCCACAAGAAUAUUUUAAACUUCUUUGACAUUUUUGUCAAUACACAAUCAUAUUUGGCAGGAGUCAAAAUUCAAAAGUCCUCAAAAAUGAAAAAGCAAAUCGUUAAGGAGUUCAUAACCGUUAAGAGGGUGCUUCACCUUCCGUCGGACCCACCUCCACCACCUCCGCCUCCCCAGCGCCACGUUUUAGCCGUGGGCAGCUGCACCCUGGACAUGAUCAUCAUAGUUGACAAACCAUUAGUACCAGGCCAGGUGCAGCGCACGAAGGAGGGAAGCUGGCGGCGCGGCGGUCCGGCGGCCAACAUCUGCACCGUGUGGAGGCGACUUGGAUUGGAGUGCGAGUUCCUAGGCGUUUUGAGCAGUGCGCGAGCCUUCGAGAGCCUGUUGACUAGUUUCCAAUCGCAGGGCAUCGACAUUUCCAAUUGUCCCCUGACGAACCACCGUCCUGCCCACCGCAGCAUCAUUGUCCAGCGGAACGCAGAUUCACGAACCAUCCUGGAGUUUUUCAAUGCCAACCAGGAGCUCACCUACCAGCAGUUCGUGGGCGCCGUCGACUAUCAGAAGUACUCGUGGAUCCACUUCGAGAGCCGCAAUCCCGUCGAGAUGAAGCGCAUGAUCAUGGCAGUAAUUGACUUCAACGAGCGCUGUCCCGAGUCCAGGAUCAUGCUCUCCGUGGAUUUGGACAACAUGCGGCCAGCCACCAUGCUAAUGGCCAGUAUGGUGGACUACGUCUUCGCUCGGAAGACCAUGAUGCGCACCUACGCCUUCAUGAAUGGACGUGAGGUUGUUUGGGCGCUCAGGGAUGGAAUGCGGGCGGCACGGGCUCGCUGGGAGAAGAGCCAGCCCCGAAAGAUGCCAUACCUGCCACCCGAUCCGCCGGCCGAGGAUUCAGAUGAAAAGUGUAAUGGUCCGCCAAACAAUCAACCCAUUGUCAUUUACAACAACUAUGUGGAGGGGGCCAGCUGCCUGAUGGCAGACGACACCUACUUUAAGGUGGGUUCCCAGAUCCCGCCAGAAAUCGUGGAUCGUGUGUAUGUGAACGACACCUUUUCGGCGUCCGUGAUCUAUGCCCUGCACAAGGUGGAGAUGCGGCUAAGGGAUGCAGUCGAAUAUGGAACCCGGGCCGCCGCUCUCAAGUUGACGGCAAUCGGAUUUGAUGUGCUGCGAUGUAUGCCCAAAGAUCUGAUCGGUUGUUACUAUGCAUAA